AUGGAGCAGCAAGCUUCAACGUCAAAAGUUACCGUCGAGUACUUUGACCCUCAUAAUGUCUACGAGCUCCUGAAGCCCGGCCUGAUCCCCCGAUUACCGUUGCACAAUCUUCACUGGCAAUCACAUUCGGGGCCGUUGCGUUCGAUUGAUACCCUGCAUAUUGAGCUCGUGGACGGCGGCAAGCUGCACCAAGACGAGAAGCCCACCCCGCCCAAGCAACCUGCUGUGUCCGACGCGAAGGAUGACGGUUUUCAGACGCAGGUUGUAGGUGGUCAGACCGAAAAUACCGAAGCCACCGAGAUCAAAUCUGUCGCAGUUAAAGGCGCAGCAAGUCGACGCCACCAAAUUCCUGGUUUGCGCCGCACACCCUACCUCAAGGUUCUCUUGGUUCGAUGCGACGAUAACGAUUCCUACAAGAAUACGGUUCGCUCCGAGGUUCGCGAAUGGAUCAAACAACACACCCCGCCGACCACCUCUUCGAAAAAAGCCAGCAAUCAAGAGAAACAUGAUGCGUACGAGUGGCUAAUCCUGCAUGUUGUUAUCCCCAACACGGCAGCAUCCACGCAACCGCGCAGCACUAGCAAGACUGAAGGCAGCACAGAUAAGAGCACAACGUCGCGAUGGAGACCAGGCUCGACGCCUCUUCUAGAAAAGUUUCGCUCCGAUUUCAACAGCUCCAGCAAGAGUGCACCCGAUAGGAUCGCGCAGAUUCGCAUCGGCAUCAAUGAUGUUCCCUACGAUAUGCUACCGCGAGUUGUCCCUGCCGUACCGUCAGGGUACAAUGAAACUGAGCAGGAUGCUGAGAAAGCAUGGAACGAACUAGUUAACAAGCUGAAGAAUCUGAUUCUAAGCUCGUUUGACAAACGCGUGACACAAUAUGAAGAAGAUAUCAAGGAGAAGGACACGCAACGCACGCUGCCGGGCUGGAACUUUUGCACCUUCUUUAUUCUUAAAGAGGGAUUAGCACUCGGUUUCGAAAAUGUUGGUCUGGUCGAAGAUGCGCUUGUUGGCUAUGACGAACUCAAUGUUGGUCUCGAAUUGGUUCUUGCUGAACAAGCCGAGAUUGGUGAGCCUGAGAGUCAUGGCGGCGCGAUGCUGCCAUUUAGCGACGACCUCAGAAACAUUGCCCGAAAGGCACUUGCUGAGGCUUCAGGCUCCUCGAAUGACGAAGAGGCUGUCGAUAUGCAAUCUGCCAACAAAGUAGCAGUCAAUGUUGAUGAUAUUCCCAUCAGCCCUGCGAAAAAGGCAUACCGCGACAUGAUCCUGGCCAACAAGGUUUCUGUAUUCGACUUUAGAUGUUAUAUCUUCUCUCGCCAAAUUGCACUGCUAUUGCGUCAGGCCAACACGUCCGUGACCAGAGAGCAACUGCUUUCUCGGCUCAAGGAACAACAAGAGUCUAUUCUUCACGGCGUAGCGCCACUCGCGAAAGCUACUCCCCACAAGGAGGACGAUACUGAAAACCUAACUAUACUUGCACAAGUCUGUCGCAGAACACUUGAAUUUAUUCCGUCUCUGUCAAAUGUCAUGCGACACGACAUCAUCACAUCUUUAUCAGCGGACUCCCCAGAGAAUAAGGAGCAAUUUAGUGUCGAGGCGUACCAAGUCAUUGACAACUUGGUUUCGUCCUUUGCCUUUUCCGUGACACAGCAAAUCUUGGCUCAAACGGCCACCAAGGCACUACCGAUUCCGCCAUCAUCGUUGCCGCCCACGGAUGGGGUUGAGCAAAAAGCUUCCAUACCAGAGCCCAAGACGAUGAUGCAUCCAGCCAGGAACUCUUCUCUCAAUGAAAGAUCGCCGAGAGCCCCCUCUAGCCCAGGAUUCCCAGGCCCUGGUCGUGCAUCCGUAGCACCAGCCGGCGAUGGCCAAAGUAGCCAAUUCCUCAAAGUUGGCAUCGAGGAGCUCGCCGCUGGUCGCGCAGAGCUGUAUAUGAUGUCACGAAGCAUUUUACAGAGACUGGGUAAGAUUCGAGGUUGGAGUGCGGGGUGGGAUGAAGCGCCUAUUGUGCACGACUCCGGCAUUGAGGCACUGGAUGAAAUCGACCUCGAUGACGAUAAUAACGACAGCAAUGAUAACGAUUCAACGCAUAACGAAAAGAAGCUAAAUGCUGAGACGACACCUACCAGCGCUGGGAUCCGCAGCCAGCUACUGAUAUCUGCAAUGGAUAAUUCUCAAGACUUUUAUCGUCUUUAUGAAAUCAUGACUGACAAGGCUCUUCGUCAUUAUACAGUGGCUGACCAACAUGGCGCGGUACAGACUGCAAUUGCAGACUUGGCCAUCCUGAAGUUUUCCCUGAAGGAGUACGCUGCGGCCAAGUCUUACUUUGACAAGGCACUUCAGUAUUUUGGCGAGUCAGGAUGGAGCAUGAUUGAGCUCUCGAUGCUGGUCAUGUAUCUCCAGUGUCUGAACGAGCGCAACGCCAACCUAGAAUAUGUGAGGGCUGCACUGAAACUGCUCAAAAUGUCGAGUUCUGCCGAACUGUCCCGCAUUCAGGAUUCAUCGGCGCGCCAGUUGCGACCCAGGCAGGAAUCAGAGGACUCGCCGAUCAAGGGCAUUGUAGCCAAACUGUGCGACUUGGCGUCUUCUUUGCGCAGCGAUGUUCGGUCACCAUUGCCCCUCUUCUUUACAAAUAUAGACAUCCUAGGAACGCCAAAAUACGAGGAAGGCCGUGAUGGGUGCGCCGUCUCAAUUGGCAUAUGGAGCCUGCUGCCUGACGACAUUACUCUGGACAAAGUUCAACUGAAGGUAUCUGGCGUAGACGAGGGUCCCGUCAAGGACCUGACUUUCGCGAAUAAGGGUGCUGUGGUUUUGAAACCGGGCAAAAACAAGCUCUCGGUGUACACCAAUUCUGUCAUUGCCGGCAAAUACAAAGUCAAUCACUUUGGCCUCCAUUCUAGCCGCAUCUUCCUCCACUACGACGCCGACGUCAACACGUCCCAGCCACUUACCUCGGCCAUUUUCAAACAGCCGGAGCUCACCCUCUACCAGCACGCCGACGCCCUCGACGUCGACCUUCAGGCCACCAAGCAUACGUCCCUGGACAAGAACAACAGCCUCGACCUCUCCAUCAGCACGGGGUGGAACACACUCAAGCACUGCGAAGUCCGCAUCAAGCCCAGCUCAGGCGGCCUGCGCCUUCUCACGACCGAGGCCGUCGUCGUCGACUCGUCUCUCGAGCUAGCCAAGCCGCCCGAGUCGGGCCUCUUCCUCUUCAACGCCAUGACGCCCCAGACGUCUGUCACUUUGCGCUUUCCAUUCUCCACAGAGCUUGACCUCGACGAUGUAUUUGCCAAGGUCGAGGUCACCUACGUCACCGACGCCGAUGAGUCUUACCACCUCGCCAAGACGUUUAGCGUCCCUGUAGCUCUCGCUGUCGGCGUCAACGUCCAGGACGUGUUCAAGCACAAUGCGCUCUUCUCGCGAUUCAACGUCACCACCGCCACGAGUGGGCCGCUGCGGCUCUACAAGAGUGAGCUCCUUGACUCGGAACUCUUCUCCGCCACGUCGGGCAUGGCGGCGGCGGCGGCGCCACCCGUUAUCGUGUUCCCCAAGCAGUCUGCCAGCAUGCUCUACCGAAUUCACCGCAACAAUGACUCCCGCAUAGCCACUAGCGCCGCCAAGACCAUGUACCUUAAGCUGCACUACACGCAGCUGCAGACCGAAGUCGCCAACCUCAUCCGCACGUCCGUCUCUGAGGCGCUCCGCGCCGCCUCGCUUGCUCCCUACGUUCGCGCCGUCGUCGCCUCCCUUGCCAAGGACCUCAAGCGCAGCCUACAGCCGUGCGACCUUGAGCGCGCCGCGCUCCUCGGCGCGGUGUCGACGUCAUUCCUCCACGGCAUCCCUUGGGAGAAGCGCCUUCAGGGUAUCGCCCCCAGUCCCACAGUCCACCGCCUCGCCGCGUGCCUGCACCAGUGGCAGGCGGAACACAAGCGCCUCGCCCUUGCCGCCGCCUCGGCCGCACCGUCCGCCUCAAUCCUCAUCCCCGUCGAGGUCCCCUCCCUCACCAUUGUCCACACCGCCGACAUCCGUCUCCGACGGCCCCUCCCCGCCACUAUCAACAACGACGCAGCAAGCGAUAGCGCCGCCACGCCCACAGUCUUCCUCAACCAGGUCCUCCAUGCAACCCUGCACCUCAAGUGGACGCGCAUCUGGGACACGGAGAGCCCGCGCGCUGAGGACCUUGAAUUUAGCUACGACGUCUCCGCGAGCGCCGAGACCUGGCUCAUCGGCGGACGCCGCAAGGGCCACUUUGUCAUCCCCGGGUGCACCGACGAUGACGACAAUGCCGUGUCAUCGUCGACACCCGCGACUGAGGCUGAGAUUCCUCUGAUUCUGAUCCCGCAAAAGGAAGGCUGGCUGCCCUAUCCGAACGUCGACAUUCGCGAGAUCAAUACCGAUCCACCGCCUCGGGGCGGGGUCGAAAGCGCGGGGCAUGCGGCGCUGGGCCACAACAUCGAAGUCGACUGGAAAAAUCUGGGCGAGACGGUGCGAGUUGUUAGUGAUAAACAGGCGCUCACGGUCAGCCUUGACGCAAGUGGCCCUGCAGGCGGACCCUUGGUCUUCGAGAGUGAAAGUCGGCCCAUGGUCAAAGGCAUACGGAUAGUGGCCUAG